UAUAUCAUUCUAAAUUUUUUCGCAGCUCAACAACAUAUUAUGGAAUAAUUUUGCUGAUUCUCAAAAUUUUCUUUCAAUUUACCACAUUAAAUUUAAUAUAAUGGAUAGUUCACAGGAAUCCAAGAAGUGCUUUUGCGCAAGAUGUUUUUUGCCUGUAGAUGGAGACGACAAAGUUGAAAUAGAGGGGCAGAAUUUUCAUCGACUUUGCUGCAUGUGUUGUAUAUGUCGAACAAUACCAACCAACCUGAAGAUGUUCUAUGGCCACGUUUUCUGCAACCACUGCUUUAAGACUCACGUGAUGUCAAGGUUCCAAGGAGAGCCACGAGUCCACUCCAACAGCUGGUGGAUGCAUUGGGCACCUGGGUCUAAGCCCCAGGAGAAAAUGAGUGAAGAAGAUUCGAAAACAUCUACAUCUUCGACGGAAGAAGCGCCAAAGCGUUGUAUUUGUUCGAGGUGCUUGCAGCCCGUAGAUACUGACCAGGUGGACAUUGGUGGUCAGAGCUUCCACGCACAAUGUGCUAAAUGCUAUUUCUGCCACUGCGUGCCCAAAAACAAUUUGAAGAUCUACUACGGUCAAGUAUUUUGCGAGGACUGCUUCCAUCGCCACGUGAUGAGUAGACACCAAGACAACCCCAGCGAGUUCUUCCGGUCGUGCUUCGAGCAAUGGCAAAGUAGUCCCCAGUUCACGGAGAACAUGCGCGAUUUUAUGGCAGGGAGUCGGGACGCGUCACCGUUUAUAUUCAUGAUGCAGGGCCAACAGCCCUUUUGUCGAUACGGUACCGGACUUCAGGAUUGGUUUGAUGAAGCAAGCAGAAGUGAACCCAAAAAGUGUGCUUAGUUCAUUGAGAGAAAAUUUCACAGCCGCGACGCCCGCCUUAUCGAACGAAGACACGGGGGACCUGUCCUUCGAGAGUCGUGAUGAAUGUGACAACUUGGAGUCGUGCGAUGUGGAUGAAUCGGCAAAGUAUAAAAAAACUGUUGGUGAAAAAAUCGAAAAGCUUACAAAAUAU